CACUUUUCCCUGUUCGACAAAGACGGCACUUCUGUAAACUGAAAUCUUUGAAUAGAGGAUAUAAGUCUGCCUUCAGUCGGCACUGCUUCAAAUAUUACACUACUCCCUGCAUUUGUUAUUUUGCGUGCCUAUUUGUUUGGUGGUCAGAUUCUCCUGCAACGGCGUAUUCAUCUCGGGGAAAGAAUCCACAGGAAAAAGGGAAAGCACCAAGCAGAAGUCCAUCUAGUGAGGAUUAAUGACAUCAGAGCCGAGGGAGCGCUGGUAUCCCACAGAGAAACUCAACCGCUUUUCCUUCGCAGAGUUGGCGAAGCUCUCUGCCAAGCGACCCAACUCCGCCGUUCCCAGGUCGUUAUAUACAACGUGUCUUUCGCUACCCGCUCAGGCACUGGAAGUGUGGCUUUACUGGAAUUUCUUUCCCUUGGCUCGAUUUUUACGAUUAGACUGCAUUAAUGGAAAGAAUGUCUGACCGCAUAAUUCGUCAACAGCUAUCAUCGUUUAUAUCUGAAGUGGACUAACUUGAAAUAAACCAAGCUGGACUGGUUUGGUGAAGUUACACUGUGCCAUCAUGGAAAAACACUUGGCUACAAUUCUGUCAGUGUUGCUUCUGCACUUACUGAACAGCUGUAUAGGGAACCAAAGGAUAGAGCAAAAUUUGUCCAUGCAGUUUACCCAUCAUAUUUAUAAUGCCACAAUCUAUGAAAACUCUGCAGCUAAGACAUUCUUAGAAAGCCCAGUAAAAAUUGGUGUUUACCUUACUAUUCCCACAUGGGAUAUACGAUACAAAAUUGUUUCUGGGGAUAAUGAAAACCUGUUCAAAGCUGAAGAAUACAUUUUGGGAAAUUUCUGUUUCUUGAGAAUACGGACCAAAGGUGGAAGUGCAGCAAUCUUAAACAGGGAAGUAAAAGACCACUACCUUUUAACUAUCAAGGCUGUUGAAAAGAAUACCAAUGCUGAGUCGCGCACAAAUGUUAGAGUGCAAGUACUUGAUACAAAUGACCUGCGACCCCUCUUUUCACCAACAUCUUAUAGUGUUUCACUGCCUGAAAAUACACCUUUGAGAACAAGUAUUGCCCGGGUUACUGCUACUGAUGCGGACAUUGGCACUAAUGGAGAGUUUUACUAUAGCUUUAAAGAUCGUACAGACUUAUUUGCCAUUCAUCCCUCUAGUGGAGUGAUAACAUUGACCGGGAAGCUUGAUUACGCUGAAGAAAAAAAUUAUGAGAUGGAGAUCCUAGCCAUUGACCGUGGAAUGAAACUCUAUGGUAGCAGCGGCAUUAACAGCAUGGCCAAACUGUCUGUCUAUGUAGAGCAGGCAAAUGAGCAUGUACCUGUAAUAACUGCAGUCACUUUGGUCCCUUCAGAUAAUGAUAAAGAUCCCACAUAUGCAGUAGUUACAGUGGAAGAUAAUGAUCAAGGGCCAAAUGGGGAAAUAGCCUCUUUAAGCAUUGUGGCAGGUGAUCCCCUUCAGCAGUUUAAAACAAUAAGAUCAAGCCCAGGAAGCAAGGAAUACAAAAUAAAAGGAAUUGGUGAAAUUGAUUGGAGUAGUCAACCUUUUGGAUUUAAUCUUACCUUGCAAGCAAAGGAUAAAGGGAAUCCCCCACAGUUUUCCUCAGUAAAGGUUAUUCAAGUCAUGUCCCCUCAUUUUAAAUUAGGACCACCAAGAUUUGAGAAACCAGUUUACAGGGCAAACCUAAGUGAAUUUGCCCCUCUUCAUACUCCAGUUUUAAUGGUUAAAGCAGUACCUAGGUACCCCCAAAUAAAAUACAUUUUCAGACAUAAUUCUGACAAAAACAGAUUUUCUAUUAAUCCUAAUACUGGUCUGAUCACAGCUAAUGGACCAAUACAGGCAGAGCAUGCAAACCAGAUAGAGCUUGAAGUUAUAACCAGUGACAAAAAGGCCACAACCAAAGUUCUUAUUGAUAUUUUAGACAUGAAUAAUAAUGCUCCUGAGUUUCAGCAGACAUCUUAUAAGGCCACUGUGGAUGAGAAUGUGCCAAAAGGGACAAGUGUGUUAAGUGUAAGUGCAAAUGACCUUGAUGAGGGAGAGAAUGGUUAUGUGACAUAUAGCAUUGCCAAUCUAGCUUCACAACCUUUUGUUAUUGAUUAUUUUACUGGUAUCAUUAAUACGUCAGAAGAUCUGGAUUAUGAACUCAUGCCAAGGAUUUACAAUUUGAGAAUCCGUGCUUCUGACUGGGGCUCACCAUACAGACGUGAAACUGAAGUUACAGUUACUAUUACACUGAAUAACUUAAAUGACAACAAACCACUGUUUGAGAAGGUAGAUUGUGAAGUGACAGUCCCAAGGGAACUUGUUGUUGGAGAACAAAUUACUACAGUAUCUGCUAUUGAUGCUGAUGAACUGCAGCUGGUCCGUUAUGAAAUUCAGUCUGGCAAUGAGCUAGAACUUUUUGAACUCAAUCCUAGUUCUGGUGUUCUUUCCCUCAGGCAGACCCUAAUGGACGGAGAUGCUUUAAAGGUUUCAUUUCAUACUUUACAAAUUACAGCAAAUGAUGGAGGAAACAUCUCACCUCCAAUGGUGAUAAACAUCACUGUAGUAACAAGUAGAAAACCAAUUCAGUUACAGUGCAAGGACACUGGAGUGGCAAAAAUGCUGGCUGAAAAGUUGCUUCAAGCAACAAGACUUCAUAAUCACCCAGAACCUGAAGAUCAUUUCCUAGAUAUUCAUUCAGUGAAUCGCUAUACCCCACAGUUUGAUGGCUCCUUUCCUUCUAUUAUUGAAGUUAAAGAAGACCUUCCAGUUGGAGCCAGGGUCAUACACAUAAGAGGGACUGAUUCAGACAGUGGCUUUAAUGGAAAGUUGAUUUAUGUCAUUUCAGGCGGCGAUACAGAUAGCUGUUUUAUGUUGGAGAUGGAGACUGGAUGGUUAAUGAUAUACUCUCCAUUGGACAGAGAAGCAACUAACCACUACACACUAAAUGUCACAGUGUACGAUCUAGGAAUACCUCAGAAAUCUGCCUGGCGCCUCCUGGAUGUGAAUAUUUUGGACACAAAUGAUAACAAGCCUCAAUUUCUGCAGGAUAGCUAUUUGGUUGAAAUAAGUGAAAAUAAGGAUGUGGGAAGUGAAAUUAUUCAAGUUGAAGCAACAGAUAAGGAUCUUGGCCUUAAUGGCGAGGUCCGGUAUUCUCUUUUUGCAUAUACUGAUGUAUUUUCCAUUGACAGUGAAACAGGACUUGUAAAGGUUAUAAGCCCCCUGGACAGAGAAACUCAUCCAGUUUACCAUUUGAAAAUAGUUGCAAAGGAUCAAGCGCAAGAAGGGCCACAGUUGCUUUCAAGUGUAAUUUUGAAAGUGAUUUUGGAAGAUGUUAAUGACAAUUCCCCUAAAUUUAUUCCUCCCAAUUACCAUGUCAAAGUGAGGGAAGAUCUGCCUGUUGGCACAGUCAUCAUGUGGCUAGAUGCUCAUGAUCCAGAUAUAGGACAGUCGGGCCAAGUGAGAUACAGUCUUGUAGAUAAUGGUGAUGGAAGUUUUGAUGUAGAUAAACUGAGCGGUGCCAUACGUAUUGUGCAAAAUCUGGAUUUUGAGAAGCGGCAACUGUACAACUUGACAGCUCGAGCAAAGGACAAAGGAAAACCAGUUUCGUUGUCUUCUACCUGCUACAUUGUGAUUGAGGUGGUUGAUGUAAAUGAGAAUUUGCAUCCCCCGUAUUUUUCUUCCUUUGUCGAUAAAGGAGUUGUGAAAGAAGACGCACCAAUAGGCACUUCAGUUCUGAAAAUUACGGCUUUCGAUGAGGACACUGGCAGAGAUGGAGAAAUCCGUUACUCUAUCAGAGAUGGAACAGGCCUUGGUGUCUUCCAAAUUGAUGAGGAAAGCGGUGUUAUUAGAACUCAAGAUCUUCUGGACCAUGAGACUACAUCCCACUAUUGGCUUACUGUCUAUGCAUCAGAUCAAGGGGUUGUCCCAUUGUUUUCCUUCAUUGAGGUUUAUAUUGCAGUUGAAGAUGUAAACGAUAAUGCACCACUAACAUCGGAACCAAUCUAUUACCCACAAAUUAUAGAGAACUCUCCUAAGGAUACUUCUGUCAUGCAAGUUGAAGCCGUUGACCCAGACUCUACUUCCAGUGACAAACUCAGUUAUAAAAUUACAAGUGGAAACCCGCAAGGCUUUUUUGCCAUUAACUCCAAAACCGGCCUGGUUACAACUACUUCACGAAAACUAGACCGAGAACAGCAGGCAGAACACAUACUUGAGAUUACAGUCACAGACAACGGUGAACCUCCAAAAUCAACAGUUAUUCGAGUUGUGGUGAAAGUUUUGGAUGAAAAUGAUAACAAGCCAAACUUUUUGGAAAAAAUCUAUAAAAUUAAGCUUCCUGAGCGUGAAAAAGCUGAGCGAGAACGCUCAGUAAAGAGGGAACCUAUUUACAGAGUGAUUGCUACUGAUAAGGAUGAAGGACCUAAUGCUGAAAUAUCUUACAGUAUUGAGGAAGGUGAUGAGCAUGGAAAAUUCUUUAUUGAGCCAAAAACUGGAGUGGUUUCUUCCAAAAAGUUUUCCACAGCUGGGGAAUACGAUAUUCUUACAAUCAAAGCAGUGGACAAUGGACGACCUCAGAAGUCUUCCAGCACUCGAUUACACAUUGAGUGGAUAGCAAAGCCUAAGCCAUCUACCAAGCUUCUUGCCUUUGAUGAACCGUUUUUCUCUUUCUCUGUGAUGGAGAGUGAUCCAGUUGCUCAUAUGGUGGGAGUCAUAACCACAGAACCUAUUGACUGUCCUUUAUGGUUUGACAUCACUGGUGGUAACUUUGACAGCAGGUUUGAUGUGGGGAAGGGUAGUGGAACUAUCAUUGUUGCUAGACCCCUUGAUGCAGAGCAGAAAUCAAAUUACAACUUGACAGUGGAGGCAACAGAUGGAAAUAGAUCUAUCACCACUCAGGUCUUUAUCAAAGUAAUUGACACAAAUAACCAUCGACCACAGUUUUCAAAGUCUGUAUAUGAGAUUAACAUACCAGAGGACACUGCACCAGAAACUGAGAUCUUGCAAAUCAGUGCAACGGACAAGGAUGAGAAAAACAAAUUAAUCUUCACUUUGCAAAGCAGUACAGAUCCAAUUAGUCUCAAGAAAUUCCGUCUGGAUCCUGGAACAGGUUCAUUGUAUACAACUGAGAAACUGGACCAUGAAACCAUGCAAAAACAUACUCUGACUGUAAUGGUCCGAGACCAGGAUGUCCCAGUGAAACGCAACCUUGUACGAGUAAUUGUUAUUGUUGAAGACAGCAAUGACCAUGCUCCAUGGUUCACUAGAUCGACUUAUAAAGGCCGAGUAUUUGAGUCUGCUGCUGUGGGUUCUGCUGUGGUGCAGGUCACGGCAAUGGACAAAGAUAAAGGAAAGAAUGCUGAAAUUGUGUACUCUAUUGAGUCAGGCAACACUGCUAACUCCUUUGCUGUUGAUCCAGUCCUUGGCAUUAUUAAAGUGGCAAAAGAGCUUGACCGAAGUAAUAAAAAUCAGUAUGAAAUUAUAGUUAAAGCGGCAGAUAAGGGAAAUCCUCCAUUAAGCACAUUGACAGAAGUUAAUAUUUUUGUGACAAUCUCUGAUAACGCAAAGCCAAAAUUUACAAUGAAUGAGUACUUGACAGAAAUCAGUGAAACAGCAAUUAUUGGAAGUUCUGUUGGAUUAGUUGCAACAUAUAGUCAAUCAUCAGUGGUUUAUGAAAUAAAAGAUGGGAAUACAGGAAGUGCAUUUGACAUUAAUCCAAACUCUGGUGUUGUCUUCACUCAGAAGAUCCUUGAUUAUGAAUCACUGCCUUCAUACAAGUUGACUAUUCAAGCUACAAAUAUGGUUGGUUUAUCUACAAAUACAACAAUGCAGAUUCACCUUCUAGAUGAGAAUGAUAAUGCACCAGCUUUUAUCCAAGAGGAGUACACAGGACUUAUUGGCGAAUUUGCUCCGCCGAAUAGCGUGGUUUUAACUGCUGAGAAUACACCACUCGUAAUCCGGGCCACAGAUGUGGACAAAGGAUCAAAUGCAAUGCUUAUUUAUCAAAUAGUAGAACCAUCUGCUCAACAAUUUUUUUCAAUAGAUGCCAGCACAGGUGCCAUUCGAACAGUAUCAAGCCUGGAUUAUGAGCAAAAUAAUAUAUUCUAUUUUACAGUGCAGGUUCAUGAUAAGGGAAAACCACAGUUGUUUGCAGAAAAUGCAGCUAAUGUAACAAUCCAGGUAACAGAUGUGAAUGACUGUUCACCAGUUUUUAGUAAAGAUAUUUAUGAAGCUUCAGUAUUGUUGCCAACAUAUAAAGGAGUUCAAGUACUUGCAGUAAAUGCAACAGAUGCAGAUUCUGAGCCUAAUUCAAGAAUUAUAUAUUCAAUAACUGAAGGGAACAUAGGAGAGAAGCUUAGGAUUGAUACUGAUUCUGGAAUCAUUUCUAUUCAAAACACCACACAGCUGAGAAGCAGAUAUGAGCUUACAGUCCGGGCAUCUGAUGGAAGAUAUGCUGCCACAGCUUAUGUCAAAAUCAAUGUGAAAGAAAGCAAAGAAAACAAUUUUAGGUUUACUCAGAAGUCAUAUAAUGGAACAGUUCUUGAAAACUCUUCAGAGCCUAAAACAGUUGCAAUUAUUUCACCAGUAGGCAACCAAAUAAAUGAACCAUUAUUUUAUCAAAUUUUGAAUCCAGACAGAAGAUUUAAAAUAAACCCUACUUCUGGAGUUUUAUCAACUACUGGUAUACCUUUUGACCAUGAGGAACAAAAUAUUUAUGAUGUGGUUGUGGAAGUGACUGAAGAGGGGAUGCUUUCAAGAGUUUCCCAUGUGUUAGUGAAGGUCUUUGUGGAAGAUGUCAAUGAUAAUUUUCCAAAGUUUGUAAAUCUGCCAUAUUAUGCACUUGUUCAGGCAGAUGCAGAGAUUGGCUAUGUUAUUCUCUCUGUUACUGCUGUAGAUAAAGACUCAGGACAGAAUGGAAAUGUUUACUAUUACUUAAAAGAACACCAUGAGUACUUUCAGAUUUCUCCAGUGGGUGAAAUCACACUGAAAAAGGGCCUUGAUGCAGAUAGUAUAAAUGCAAAAUAUGUCAUCACAGUAGUGGCAAAAGAUGGGGGAGAACCAGCUCUUUCUACUGAAGUUGACGUUCCUAUUACUGUAGUCAAUAAGGCCAUGCCAGUUUUUGAAAAGCCCUUUUAUAAUAUUGAAGUUCCAGAGAAUAUUCGUUUUCAGGCUCCAGUAUUACAUGUUCAAGCCAACAGUUCUGAUGGACUGCGGAUUAUGUACACUAUCACAGAAGGCGAUCCUUUAGGUCAUUUUGCAAUAGACUUUCACACUGGCGUCAUACAUGUAGUUGGGCCUCUAGAUUUUGAAACACAUCCAGCAUAUAAACUAAGUGUGAGAGCUACAGACUCACUAACUGGAGCUCAUCGAGAAGUAUUUGUGGAUGUAAUUUUGGAAGAUAUAAAUGACAACCCACCAAUAUUCAAUGAGACUUCCUACUCUGCCAUACUUUCAGAAGCUUCAGUAAUUGGUACAUCAGUGGUUCAGGUUGCUGCCAGAGACUCUGACUCUGGGAUCAAUAAAUUUAUCUCCUAUCAAAUACUUCAAGCUGAUGGAAAGAAUUCAGGUUCAUUUUUCAUAGAUAGCACUAAUGGUAUCAUUUGGACUUCUAAAUUGUUAGACUAUGAGGAGCAGCGCCAACAUACAUUGUUAAUUAGAGCUACUGAUGGAGGUGUACCUGCUCUCAGCAGUGAUGUCUUAGUUACAAUAUAUGUAACUGACCUUAAUGAUAAUCCUCCCAUAUUUACACAACAGGUUUAUGAGGCAACGGUGAGUGAGCUUGCCACACGUGGACAAUUUGUAACACAAGUUCUUGCGUUUGAUGCAGACUCCUCUGAUGUGUAUAAAUUAGAAUACUCUAUUCUAACUGGAAAUGAACAUAUGAAUUUUGAAAUUGGUAGAAAAACUGGAAUGGUGGCAGUGUCCAACCACAGAAAAGAAAAAAUGUCCCCAUUUUAUAACCUCAGUGUAUCUGUCACUGAUGGAGUUUUCAGAAGUACCGCACAGCUCAAGGUCACAGUGAAUGGAGCUAAUUUUCACAGUCCAUCUUUUGUCCAGAAUGAAUAUGAAGUAGAACUAUCUGAAAAUUCUGCAAUAGGAACAUUUGUAAUUGAGGUAAAAGCUACUGAUGAGGAUUCUGGCAUUUAUGGUCAGGUGUCAUAUUUUAUUGUCAAUGAUCAUGCAAAAGACAAGUUUUCAAUAAAUGAGCAUGGACAGAUAUUCACACUUGAAAAGCCUGACCGUGAGAAUACCCUAGAGAAAGUUAUUACUAUAAGCCUGAUUGCUAAGGAUGGUGGGGGCAAGGUCGGAUUUUGUAGAAUUAAUGUAAUAUUGACUGAUGAAAAUGACAAUACUCCACAGUUUAGGGCUCUUGAAUAUAAGAUAAAUAUAGCAUCUGAUGCAUUGAGGGGCACCUCAGUUAUCAAAGUUGUAGCCUCUGAUAUUGAUGAAGGCAGCAAUGCAGAUAUAACUUACACUAUUGAAUCUGAUUCUGAUAGUGUUGCUGAAAACUUUGAAAUUGAUCCAUUUAGUGGAGUCAUAAUUACAAAAGAGAGUCUAAUUGGGCUUGAAAAUGAACUCUAUGCAUUUUAUGUCCGGGCAAAGGAUGAUGGAAUUCUACCAAAGGAAUCUGUUGUUCCAAUUUAUAUUAGAAUCCUUAGUCCUGAAGUGCCAUUUCCCAAGUUUGUGGAGCCGCAUUAUUCAUUUGCAAUCCCAGAGGACCUCCCAAUUGGAUCGGAAAUUGAUGUCAUUCAGGCAGAGAGUGAUCAGCCUUUGGUCUACAGCCUCAUAAAAGGAAAUACUCCUGAAAGUAACAGGGAUGAAGUUUUUGUUGUUGACAAGGAUACUGGCAGACUGAAGCUUGAAAAAAACUUGGACCACGAAACCACCAAAUGGUAUCAGCUUUCACUUUUAGCACAGUACACUUAUGAUAACUAUGAAGUUGUCUCUUUAGUUGAUAUAAGCAUUCAAGUUAAGGAUGGUAAUGACAACAGCCCUGUUUUUGAGUCUAACCCAUAUAAAGCAUUUAUUGCUGAAAAUCUCCAAGGAGGAACACGUGUAAUCCAACUCAAAGCUAAUGAUUUAGAUUCUGGCACCAAUGGGCAAGUGUUGUAUAGCUUGGCACAAAAUCAGGAAAAUGAAGAACUUGUAGAGCUUUUUGCUAUUAAUAGUGAAACUGGAUGGCUUAUAACACUGAAAGAGCUUGACCAUGAAAAACAGGACCUGUACAGGAUUACUGUGAUAGCAUCUGAUCGUGGUGAAAAGGAACAGCAUAUUGCUAGCACUGUAGUGGAAGUGAUUGUUACAGAUGUAAAUGAUAACCCUCCACGGUUUACUGCAGAGAUUUACAAGGGAACCGUGAGUGAAGAUGAUCCACCUGGUGGUGUUAUUGCAAUUCUGAGUACAACUGAUGCAGACACAGAAGAAGUCAACAAACAAGUGGAUUUUUACAUUACAGGAGGAGACCCUCAGGGACAAUUUGCUAUUGAACACAUUCAGAAUGAAUGGAAGGUCUAUGUCAGAAGGCCUCUUGAUAGAGAAGAGAAAGACAAUUACCUCCUAAAUAUCACUGCAACUGAUGGGACGUUUGUGGCAAAAGCAGUGGUUGAGGUUAAGGUCCUUGAUGCAAAUGACAAUAGUCCUGUUUGUGAAAAGAUGGUCUAUACUGAAACUGUUCCUGAAGAUGCUUUCUCAGGCAAGCUGAUUUUACAAGUUUCUGCAGCUGAUGCAGAUAUCCGAUCAAAUGCUGAGAUCUCGUACAAACUAUUUGGAGUUGGAGCUGAAAAAUUCAUCUUAGACGCUGAUACAGGUGAACUCAAAACAUUUGCACCUCUUGACAGAGAAAAGGAUGCUGUAUAUAAUCUAAUUGUUAAAGCAGUAGAUGGGGGAGGUAAUUUUUGCAAGGCUGAUAUUACUUUAUAUUUGGAAGAUGUGAAUGACAAUGCCCCAGAAUUUUCUUCAGAUCCAUUUUCGGUAACAGUAUUUGAGAAUACAGAACUUCAGACACCAUUGGCAAGAAUACAAGCAACAGAUCCUGAUUCAGGGGCCAAUGGCAAGAUUCUUUAUUCUUUUGUGGAUUCUGCAGAUGGCCAUUUCUCCAUUGACGAAUUGUCUGGCAUUAUUAGUCUUGAGAAGCCACUUGAUAGGGAAAUACAAGCCAUUUAUACUCUUACUGUGAAAGCCACAGACCAAGGAUCCCCUCGAAGGCUUUCCACUGUAUGUUCUGUUACAGUAUCUGUGCUGGACAUUAAUGACAAUCCACCUGUGUUUGAACACAGGGAAUAUGUUGCAAAUGUUUCAGAGGAUGUAACUGUUGGAACACAGAUUAUGCAGGUUUUUGCAACAAGCAGGGACAUUGAAGCAAAUGCAGAAAUUGUGUAUUCCAUAAUAAGUGGAAAUGAACAUGGCAAAUUUAGUAUUGAUUCUAACACAGGUGCCAUUUUUGUGAUUGAAGAUCUGGAUUAUGAAAAAUCUCAUGAAUAUUAUUUAUCAGUAGAAGCUACUGAUGGAGGAUCACCCCCUCUUAGUGAUGUAGCAACUGUUAAUAUCAAUCUGACUGAUGUUAAUGACAAUGCACCAAAAUUCAGCCGAGACAUCUAUGCAGCAGUGAUAAAUGAAGAUGCUGUCCCGGGUCAACUGGUUAUCACGGUCAUUGCUGAUGAUAUUGAUGGGCCCUCUAAUAAUCACAUUCACUAUUCAAUUGUAAAUGGAAAUCAAGGCAGUCCAUUCUCUAUUGAUUCUAAUAAAGGAGAGGUGAAGGUAGCCAGGCAGUUAGACAGAGAGAAGAUCUCUGGAUAUACACUAAUGGUACAAGCAACAGACAAUGGAAACCCCCCAAGGUUUAACACUACAACAAUAAAUAUAGACGUUUCUGAUGUGAAUGACAACCCUCCUGUUUUUUCACAAGCAAAUUACAGCAUCAUCAUUCAGGAGAACAGACCUGUUGGUACCAGUGUGCUCCAGCUGUUGGUGACAGAUAAAGAUGCUUCUCACAAUGGCCCUCCAUUCUCAUACACAAUUAUGAGUGGAAAUGAAGAAAAUGUGUUUGAAAUUAACCAGCUGGGAGUACUGGCUGUCUCAGCUUCACUUGCUCAUGAUAAAAAUGAUCACUAUUUACUACAUGUUCAGGUGGCUGACAAUGGUAAACCGCAGUUGUUUUCAACUACUUUCAUCAGUAUUAGAGUUAUUGAAGAAAGUAUUUAUCCUCCAGCUAUACUUCCACUAGAAAUAUUCAUAACAACCCAUGGUGAGGAAUAUAUGGGAGGAGUCAUUGGAAAGAUUCAUGCCACAGACCAGGAUAUUUAUGACACUCUUACCUACAAUCAAGGUUCCAAGACUGAAAGUUUGUUCUCUGUCUCAAGCACAGAUGGAAAACUGAUUGCCCGCAAAGGAUUAGAUGUAGGACAAUACUCUCUGAAUGUUACUGUCACAGAUGGAAAGUUUACAGUGGCAGCUGACAUUAAUGUACACAUAAAACAGAUCACUCAAGAAAUGCUCAAUCAUUCCAUUGGUUUUAGAUUUGCAAAUAUUGCACCUGAAGAAUUCAUUGGGGACUAUUGGAGGAAUUUCCAAAGGGCUGUUAGAAACGUUUUGGGGGUAAAGAGAAAUGAUAUUCAGAUUCUUAGCCUUCAACCUCAGGAACAGACUUCUAAUCUGGACCUCCUGCUUGCUGUCGAGAAGUCAGGUAGUUUUGUGCACUCACAUGAUGUACUUUUUCGAAAGCUCAACAAUUCAGUGGCAGAAAUUGAAGAGAUGACUGGAGUUCGGAUUCUCAAAGUAAUCAAGAAACUUUGCUCAGGAUUGGAGUGUCCAUUAAAGUUUUGUGAUGAAAUGAUCACUUUAAAUAAGAGUUUGAUGUCAACUUACAGCACAGCCAGAUUGAGUUUUGUUACUGCUCGUCACCAAAGAAGUUCAGUAUGUCUCUGUAAAGGUGGCAAAUGCCCUGCAGCAGUGAAGCUGUGUGAAGGUAAUUCAUGCCCGGAAGGUACAGAAUGUGUCCCAGAUCAGAGAGAAGGAAGGUACAGCUGUGUGUGUCCAGGUGGCAAGCAUGGAAAAUGCUUAGGAGGGCAGUCUUUGACAUUCAGUGGCAACAGCUAUAUUAAGUACAGACUCAUGGAGAAUGAAAAUAAGGAAGAAAUGAAGCUGUCCUUGAAACUGAGAACAUAUUCUUCACAUGCAAUUGUGAUGUACGCCAAAGGAACUGACUAUAGCAUUCUUGAAAUCAGCAAUGGUAGAUUACAAUACAAAUUUGACUGUGGCAGUGGUCCUGGGAUUGUGUCUGUGCAUAGCAUCCUGGUUAAUGAUGGUGAAUGGCAUUCUGUGCAGCUGGAAGUGGAUGGAAACUAUGCCAAACUGAUCCUAGACAGGGUUCAUACAGCAUCGGGAACCGCUCCUGGUACAUUACGCACACUCAAUCUGGAUAAUAAUAUCUUCUUUGGUGGCCAUAUUCGUCAACAUGGUUCAAGACAUGGGCGAAGUCCACAAGUCAUCAAUGGUCUGAGAGGCUGCAUGGAAUCUAUUUUUCUUAAUGGUCAAGAGCUACCUUUAAACAGCAAGCCACGAGUCUAUGCAGUUAUGGAUGAGACUGUGGAGGUCACGCCAGGAUGUUCACUUGCACCAGAGGAAAGCUGUUCCACCAAUACAUGCUUAAAUGGUGGCACAUGUUCACCCCUUCCCAACGGAGGUUAUUUUUGCAAAUGCAGCACUCUGUUCAUGGGAACUCACUGUGAAAUCAGUGCAAGUCCCUGUGCCUCUAACCCAUGCCUGUAUGGUGGAACCUGCAUUGCUGUUAAUGACGAUUUUAUCUGCCAGUGUAGAGGCCAGUACUCUGGCCAGAGGUGUCAGCUGGGUCCAUACUGCAAAGAUAAUCCAUGCAAAAACAGUGGAAAAUGUAUUGACAGUCUUGAUGGUCCUGUUUGUGAAUGUGAGCUGGGGUUUCACGGAGAGAGAUGUCUCAGUGAUGUGGAUGAAUGUGUUAAAAACCCUUGCCAUAAUGGAGGAGUAUGUGAAAAUACAUACGGAUCAUACCAUUGUAAUUGUAGUAUUGGAUAUGGUGGCAAUUUAUGUGAUGUACCUGUUUUCCCAACAAAUGAAUAUGUUUCAUCAUCAUGGAAUAUUGGCCUUGAAGAAGUGAUAGGAAUCAUUGUCUUUGUUGCAAGCAUAUUCCUUUUGGUUUUACUUUUUGUCAUCUUCCGGAAAAGAGUAUGCAAACGGAAGAAUUCAAAACAAGAAGAGAAGGAUAAACAUACUGGAGCUGCCACUUCCUUCUUGCAGCGACCAUACUUUGAUUCAAAAGUAAGCAAGAAUGUGUAUUCUGAUGUCCCCCCUCAAGUUCCAGUACGGCCUAUUUCUUAUACUCCAAGCAUUCCAAGUGAUUCCAGAAAUAAUUUGGACAGAAAUUCCUUUGAGGGUUCUGCCAUUCCAGAGCAUCCAGAGUUCAGUACUUUCAAUCCUGAUGCAGUGCAUGGCCACAGAAAAGCAGUGGCCGUUUGUAGUGUGGCUCCAAACCUGCCUCCACCUCCGCCCUCGAAUUCUCCAUCAGAUAGUGAUUCCAUUCAGAAACCCAGUUGGGACUAUGACUAUGAUUCUAAAGUUGUAGAUCUUGAUCCUUGCCUCUCAAAAAAGCCUAUUGAAGACAGUGCUUGUCACACUUACAACACUCGUGGAAGUAUGUCUGAAGUUCAUUCCCUCAGUUCCUUUCAGUCAGAACUUUGUGAUGACAAUGAGUCUCUUGCGGCUCAUGACCUCAGGAAUCAAAGAGGGUAUCACUGGGACACAUCAGAUUGGAUGCCAAAUGUUCAGCUUCCUGGUAUCCAGGAAUUUCCACAGUAUGAAGUCGUUGAAGCACCAGCCCCACUUUAUACAGAUCCUAAUGUCAUCGACACAGACUAUUAUCCAGGGGGUUAUGACAUUGAAAGUGACUUCCCACCGCCGCCAGAUGACUUCCCUCCACAUGAUGAACUGCCGCCAUUACCAGAGUAUGACGAUCAGUUUGAAUCAGCCCCACCGGUUCGAGACUUGUCCAGUGCAGGAAGUCUGGGUUCAUCUUCACAAAGCAGGCAGCAUUACAAUUUUAGCAAGUACUUGGCACAUCCCCAUUACACCACUGAAUUGUCAGGAACUCAAAGCACAUCCAUUGGAACAAAUCAUUACAGAGGAACAUACCCAUCGUACACUUUAGAGUACAGUGGAGACUUUGACACCCCUAAUGUAGAUAACAUGUCCAUGUCAUUGUAUACAUCUACAGCCUCCUGCUCUGAUGUAUCGGCAUGCUGUGAGGAGUCAGAAGUCAUGAUGAGUGACUAUGAAAGUGGGGAUGAAGGCCAUUUUGAUGACGUUACCAUUCCCUCUUUGGAUCCCCAACAACAUACUGAAGUCUGACACUAUAUUGAAACUCAAGUGCCUGGACCCUUAAACAGAAUUCACUCAUUUGUCCUUAAUACACCCAACAAAUUAUUCCUGCCCGUUCAAAGACUAUUUAUAAGCUGAUUUCACAUUCUGGUUAAGAAAGGCUAUAGUGGGGAAGUGUCAUCUUGCCUCCUUCAUUUGUCCUGUCUCCUGCAGUACUGGAAACUUUAAAAUAGCAAAUUUCUCUGGCUGUGCCAUUGGUCGUGUGUGUAUCUUUCUGCGCAGACUUUGAAGGAAGUUAGAAACAGGUGUAUAAUUCACAACAAAAGACUAUUCAAUUAAAUAUCUGUAUUUAUAUAGUUCUAAUGCAGAGACUAAUUUUUUUAAUUCCACAUCAUUCAAUUUUAUGUAAAUUUCAAUGUACAGUUUUGAUUUAAAGAUUUAAAUAGGUUUUGUAGAUAUUUUUUUUAAAUAAAAUAGUGGUGUGAUUUAUUAUAUUAGCACCCAGAGACAAAUAGUUAAUGGGAUUUCACUGUAUCUUCAUCACUGAAGUUCUUCAAGAUUAUUUCCAUAAACUUACCAAAAUCAAGCUGUAUAUGGUGUGUGUAACCUUUUGCUACUUGUUAUUUUUUUGGGGUGGGACAGGUCAGGGGCUGACACGUUGGAAAUGUCUUAAAAGAGUGACUGCAUUUUUGUAAGCUGAAAGUUUAUUAUUAUGAUUAUAAUUAUUUUUUUUGUUCUUCUGAAACAUGGAUCCCACUAUCAAGCCAACUGCAACACAAGAGUGUUCAGGUAUCUGGACAUGUAUGACAGGCUCGUCUUUUAUGGAAUAGCUCAAUCUUUCCUAUUGGCAAUAAAUUAUUAAUAAAAUGAGUAUGUGUUUGUUCAUUUUACCCAAUUGCAGAAAUGAUUUAGGUGUUUGUCUUUCUAUUUUAAAUGCAAUAUUUUCCAAAAAAUAAAACUUAAAACACCAUUGUUAUUGUAAAGAAAACAAGAGCAGGCAUUGACUAGAAGAAUAUGUUCUAAUAAAAAUUCUUUAUUUUGUCUUUA